AUGGGUAUUCCAGGUAUCUAUGAAGAGAUUGGAAGAGGCGAAAGAGUCUGUUUAUCCAAACUCGCUAUUGAAAAGCUCGUGGAAACUGGACGCCCCCUCAGGUUAGCCAUCGACAUCUCGAUAUGGCAAUUUCAGAUCCAGUCCGGUCAAGGAGGGUCGAAUCCAGCAAUACGAACUCUGUAUUACCGUUUGAUCCGCUUGCUAUCGUUGUCUAUACAACCUCUUUUUGUCUUUGAUGGACCUCAAAGACCUCAGCUCAAACGCAACAAGAGAGUUGGUCGAGGCGGUGCCUCGGCUUCAGACAUGGCGGCAAAGCAGCUGCUAAAGCUGUUUGGAUUUCCUUGCCACAAUGCCCCGGGAGAAGCCGAAGCAGAAUGCGCUCUUCUACAGCGUAAGGGCAUAGUUGAUGCAGUAUUGAGCGAGGAUGUCGAUACCCUUAUGUUUGGAUCCGGGAUUACCCUACGAGACUGGUCUUCCGAGGGCGCGAGAGGCAGCAAGGCACCGACUCACGUGUCUCUAUUUGACGCAAAGAAGACGAAGGAAGGCAGUUCCGGGCUAGAUCGCGAAGGCAUGAUCUUAGUUGCUCUGCUUAGCGGUGGCGAUUAUAACACCGAUGGGCUCCCUGGAAUUGGUAUCAAAGUCGCUUGUCAAGCUGCGAGAGCAGGAUUUGGGAAGGAGCUAUGUGGUCUGUCGAGAUCAGAUGAGGAUGGCCUGGCCACUUGGAGGAGCAAGCUCACUCGUGAGCUUCAGACGAAUGAGAAUAAAGUCUUCAAGAGCAAACACAAGUCUAUGACAAUUCCAGACACGUUUCCAAGCAAGGAGAUUCUGGGGUAUUAUACUCAUCCAGUCGUCUCAACCGCUCAGAAGGUUGAAAAACUCAAGUCAGAAAUUCAAUGGGACGGUGUCGUGGAUGUCCCCGGCUUACGAGAAUAUGUCAAAGAAGGAUUUUCAUGGAGCAACAUCGGGGGAGCAAGGAAGUUUAUUCGAAAUCUAGCGCCGGCAUUAUUAGUCCAUCAACUGCGCAUACGGGCAGAUCGAAGAGAUUCCGGAUAUGGAGAUUUGAUCCUGACGCAAAUACAGGAGAUGGAUUACGUGAGGUCAAUCUGUGGGCAGAGAGAACAUUUCGAUGCGGGUGGAAUGCCAGAGCUGAAGGUGGUUUUCCAUCCUAUGGAUAUUGUGAAGCUUGACUUGGACAAGGAGUACGAUGAUUCCGCAGAUUAUAGCCGAGAUGGUCUUGCUCCGGUCAACGACGAAGACCAAAUUGAGGCAUACGUCUCUGAUGAGGACGCUUCUGCGGCUACAGGUAAACGUGCAGCAUCACAGUACGACCCUAAGAAACCGGAUAAAACGUGGAUACCUGAGACGCUUCUGAAGCUCAGCUUACCGCUAAAGGUGGAAGACUACAAAGCUGCAGAGUUGGCGAAGAGGAUGCCCAAAGAGCCAAAGGUUAAAGCCAAGAAAACUGCGAAGCCUGCAGGCAAGAAAGCGGCCACUACCAGUGGUGGCAUGCAGAGAGGUGCUCUGGAAAAGUAUGUGAGAGUCUCGAAAGGGAGGGACGAAUUUGAGGAUGCAAUGAUCCAGAAGCCAUUGGGAAAGACAGUCAUAGCCUCUCAACCAGUACUCCCUCCAGUUUAUCUCGCACCAUCCCUUGAACGAAUAUCGGCAUCACAACCACCUCCCGCGAUAGCAUCCAAGAUCCGGCCGGUCGCUCGCACAGCUUAUUCUAGCACCGACGCUAUCCUUAGAAAAGCACCCCCAAAACCCCGGGCAAGAACCAAAGCCCCGGAGCCUGACAAGCCCAAAGCAAACACCAACCCCUGGUAUCUAGCAUCCAAAUGCACAACUUCCUCCCAAACUAACCCAAAAAUCACCAAAUCCCUAGGCCAAAUAGACAAAAACAGAAAGCCUCAAGCAACCUUCAAAACCCCCAUAAACAUCGACUCCAGCCCCCUGGCCUCACCAUCACCAUCACCACCACCCCCGAAACUACCAGCACCCACCCAAACCAGUUUAAGAAAACACGUUCACUCGCCUUCACCCCCCAACUCGCCUCCUCUUCACUCUGACUACGAAUCUCCCCUCCCAAGUACUGUAACCAUCUCCCGCGGCAGCAAAUCCCGCCACCGCUACCACCACCGCCCAGACAACAUCUUGACGCCGUCCAAGACGCGAAUGAGAUCACUCUCGCGCCCCUCGCCAAGAAAGAAGACCUCUCCAAGUUCUAAAGUAGCACCGCCGUUCCUGCCGAACUUUGACGAGCUAAAGUCACUAAGUCCAGAGCUUGUAGCGAGGAAGCUGUCGUUCUCCGCCCCGGAGGAGCGACACUGUGAAGGAGGCGAGGAAGGUGGUGUGAACUUGGACUUGGAAAGUCAAGCAGGCGCAGUUAUUGACACUAAUUACGAUUAUGAUGACGAUGACGAUAACGACGAGUUUCCCGAUCUCGAGGACCUCUUGUCACCGCCAAAUACUAAAUCCAACUACUCUCCUGCUUCUUCUCGCCUCAACAACACAUCUCCCUCCUUCACCAACUCAGCGUCACAAAUCAAUACCAGUAGCUCCUCAGCGACUGGGGUAAUUGCAAACACCCACUCUUCCUUCACCUCAACCUCAACCUCAGCACCAACCUCGCCGUCCACGUCCUCGGCCACGCUGGCUACAGCACAAGCACAAAUCUCCAGCGUAGCAAUCAUCAGCCUCGAGUCUUCUUCUUCUUCUUCGCCUCCGCAACCUCGCCGCUCAUCCCCCUCCACCACCACCACGCAGCUCCAGCUCGCGCCCAAGGAGCAAAAGAACAAGCAAGAAAAUGCGACAGCGAAAUCGAAAACGGGGAAUAAAGCGGCCGAGGGGAAGCAGCAAACCGGGAAGAACCCGAAAAAGAAAUUCAUCCUCUUGCGCGAAUCUCUCGCUGGCUCCUGGGACGCUGUCGACGAGCGGGAAUUGGAAGCUGAUCUCGCGAGGAGGGGUGGGCGGAAGCGGAGGGAGCGGGUGUUGAGGAUGAGUGCUGUUGAGGUUUUGGAUUUGACGGAGGAUUGA